CCGACCUUGGGUUUAACGCAUCGACUCCAUUAAUGAAAGUGUCGUCGGUGGAAGAGUUUUGGAAGUACAAAGUCUUGCGGAUAUCUAGCGGUAUUGACGACAUCGGCGAUGUCAACGGAAUGUAUAUUGUUUAUAUGGCUAUUAUCAAGGUCAUCGUUUGCUGUGCCAUAGCAAAGAGUUUCAAGUCACUUGGAAAGGUCAUGAUUGUGACGGCUAUCCUGCCAAUAAUCCUCCUCGUUGCGAUCCUUUUGCGAGCUCUGACACUGCCCGGAUCUACCGAGGGAAUGCUGUUUUUCAUCAAUCCAGACUUUUCAAAAUUGUUAAAUGCUAAGAUAUGGGUGGAAGCGACCUUUGUAGCAUUCAACACGCUGGGACCGGGCUGGGGCGGGCUCAUGAUGAUUGGCUGUCACAACAAGUUCAACUACAACUGUCUGAGGGCCUCGUUGAUUUCUUCCGUUUCUGUGCUCCUGAUUGGUCUCUUCAACGGACUGGUUGUGUUCGCUACAGCGGGGGUCAUGGCUCACGAGGCAGAGGUUCCUGUUCAUUCCGUCGUCACUUCAGGUGGUUUUUCAAUUGGAUUUAUCACAUAUCCGAAGGCUUUGAGUUGUUUCCCUUUGCCACAGGCGUGGUCUGUGCUGUUUUAUCUUGUCCUGAUUCUCCCAGGGAUCGACUCAUUAACAGUGAUGAUGGAACCAUUCUUGCUUAUUUUGGAGGAAAUGUGUCCCAAGUAUUUCCAUAACAAGCGUGUAGCCCUAUUGACAGUUACAACCAUUGCCACGUUCCUUGUCGGACUCUUAUUUGUUACUCAGGCCGGUGUUUAUAUAUUUAUACUUGGUAUAUGGUAUAUAGCCACGUGGAAUGUCGUGGUAAUUUGUUUGGUGGAGGCGAUCGUGUUUGGAUGGGUGUAUGGGAGUAACCGUUUAGACAGGGAUGUAAAGAUGAUGCUCGGCCGUCCUAUGCCUGGACCUGUCAGGAUAAGUUUGGCAUUCAUCAUACCAAUAUUUCUGUCUGUUUUAUUGACGAUCAGUAUCGUUACGUACCGUGCCCCGGCCUUUGGCAGUUAUGAGUAUCCAUGGUACGCCUCUAUUAUUGGCUGGGCCCUGACCUUAUCGACUCUCGCACCCGCAUUAGGUUACGCGGUGUAUACUCUAUCAAAGCAGAAAGGAGAUCUUCAUCAGAGGUUCCAAAAUUCCGUUCGGCCAAAUGAGGACUGGGUUCCGAUAGAUGCAAGCUACAGAGAAUUUUGGAAAAAAGACAGCUACCAUAACUCCCUCACCUGGAAACAACUGUUUUUAUACAAUCUGAAGGGUGACUCGGGACGUUUUGUUUCUAAUUCACUCACGGUGGAAGAGCAACACUCCCUUAAAGCAUUUACAUAAUAGCUGCACUUGCUAUCGGUAGCUACAGGCUUGGUUAAACAAAUAUUAACUGCACCUUUUUACUGAGCUAAGAAUUUUAACUGCAAGAUAUUUUCUUUUAUUUAUGGUAAUAUGAGUAAUUCUGUGAUAUCAAAAUAACAAUAUUCAAUAUUAACUGUUAUUCCAGAUCCUUCUUAUCAUUAAUCAAUAUAAAAACUGAAUGUCAUCCAACGCCAAAUGUACCAAUUUACCAUUAUGUCUCUACCUUUUCAGUUUGAAUUGACUGGUGCUAUACAUAGACAUUUGGUAAUGGAAAAACCAUUUCAACAGUUUUGUGAUUUUGUUUUGAUUUUUUUUUUUAUUAUUAACUGAUAGAAACCAAAAUGUGUAAUAUAACACUGCCCUUUGUUGUACCUGGCGGAACGUUCCAAUCUAUUUGUUUUGGUUUGGUGUCGUCCAUCUUAAUGUAUUUUGAACUUUUGUUACGACGAUUUGUAUUCCUCAUUUUUCAUACCGCAUCAAUGUCUUCUGCUCUGUAUUUUCCAAUUGUAACAAAUUCAACAAAAUUUAGCGAAAUUCAUCUUUAACGAACAUUCUUAUAUCUUAACAUAUAUAUAUAUAUACAGGCUGCUUAAAAUUAAUACUAAUGUAAGGAGCGUCAAUUCACCAACUGAAGCGACAGGAGGAAGCAAACAAAGUCACCAAUUGACGGCAAACGCCAAGAUGGUGAUAUUUUUGUUCCUAUUUCAAUCUUAUUUUCUAUAUCACUUUCUAAGAUUUGUUUGAAAUCCUCUAUCUAUUAAAUAAAGUUACUAUUCACAAUUGUGUUGAUGUUUGUAUAUACAUUCAAACUUUAAUUUAUGGCCGAAGCUGUGAGAGUGGAGAACACUUUGCUGGUGUAUUUGGUAUGAAGAUGGCAUCUAAACAUUGAUAACAACAUGUAUGAUAUAAUAUUAUAUAAGCAAUUAGAUAUUAGUAAUGGCUGAUAUCAACAAUAAAUGUCGAACAAUACGCGACUUCUUCUGACAGAGUGUCACAUAAUAAUAAUAAAUUAUAAGUAUCCAUUAGAAUGUUGAAAUAUCUUUGGCUUCUCACCAAAAAGCUGUAUUUGCGUAUAUUAUAUCUGCUUAAUAAGCUGUAAAAUAAGGUUUUCGCGUAAUGUCUCAUAUUUCGUCGAAGUAUACGUACAUGAUAACACAAUUAAUGAUAACUGUCGAAGAGGCUGUAGACAUGUUUCACACGGAAAGCAAUGUCUAAAUAUCCCCCUCGACA